UCCGGAAAGCGCGCAGCCUGCUGCACAGAUGGGAAAUCCGAAUCUAAACUACGGGCCAUUGGGGAGAGAGCAAGAAUUAUGCCUCGUUCUCUAGCAGGGAUUCUCAUAUGAAGAUGCAUCGAUUCAGGGCUGAGGAAGAGCUGGUGUCUUCCCGCGAUUUAUUGCACUGGCUCAAUAUAAAGUCUCUCCUCUCCGCUUUUCCCCAGGCUAAUGUCAUGUGUCCUCCGCUGCAGUGCCUAAAUAUGGGCUUCCUCUACUCCAUAUUUGGACAUCUACGUCACGGUGAGAGGGUAUAUAAAGGAGUCGGAAUUCUCUGCGCAGGAAAGAGAGCCCUCAGUGCCCAGAACAUGUAAUGUAAGAGCAGGAUAGACAUACUCACACACAUACAUCUCCCUAUCCGAAAGCAUUUGACAGAGAAAGUAGAAGUGAAUUCAAAACAACAACAACAACAACAACAACAACACAUUAUCCAAAAGGGCAGCACCCUAGUUGGAUUCAACCAGUGAAAAAAAACAACAUAUAUUAAUGAUUAUUAUUAUCAUCUGAUUUAGGGAAUGAGUAAAAGGGAUACAUCUGAUCUGAACAAUAUUUUCUGAUAGAAAAUUUAAAAAAAGUGGAUUUUACUCGUCUUGGACAAAAGGAAGAAAAAUAGAAGAAGACUUUUGAAGAACCAGAAGAAAGAGUGAAAGAAACAGAAGAGAAGAUAUCCUCAUCCUCAGCAGCAGUAGCAGUCUGACCCUGCUCUCUGAGGUGGACUGGUGAUUCCACUCUGCCCAGCCUCGCUGCACUCAUUUUCAGCCUCCAGCACAGCCUCAGGCCCCUACAGCUCCACUUCUCUGGAGGAUGGCUGCAGCCAAGACAGAGAUGCUCCUUCCAGCCCUGCAGAUUUCAGACCCCCUCAGCUUCCCCCACUCUCCCAUGGAUAACUACCCCAAGCUGGAGGAGAUGAUGAUGCUGAGCUCCUCUGGGACCCCCUUCCUCUCUGCAUCAGCGCCCGAGGGAGCAGGCUUCGGAUCGGGGGAGCAAGGAGAGCAAUAUGACCACCUUGCUGGAGAUACGUUACCUGAUAUCUCCAUGAACUGUGAGAAGUCGAUGGGCGAGCAGAGCUACUCUACCCAGCGGCUGCCUCCCAUAUCCUACACUGGCCGCUUCACCCUGGAGCCAGCCACCAACUGCAGCAACAGCCUGUGGGCCGAGCCCCUGUUCAGCUUGGUCAGCGGGCUGGUGGGGAUCAACACCCCUUCCACCUCUGCCCCGCCCUCCUCCGUCUCUCAGACUGGCACCUCUUCCUCGUCCCCGUCCUCUAUCUCCUCCGUCACCAUUUCCUCUCAGAGCUGCAGUCUGAGCUGCUCUGUCCACCACAGUGAGAAUAUCCCCAUCUACUCAGCUGCUCCUACGUACUCCAGCACCAGCUCUGACAUCUUCUCUGACCAGGGCCAGGGCUUCCCUCUCCCCGCGGGGGGGUCACUCCAGUACCCCCCGCCAACCUACUCCAAUGGCAAGACGUGUGGCUCCAGCUUUUCUGUGCCCAUGAUCCCUGACUACCUAUUCCCCCAGCAGCAGGGGGAGAUAAGCCUGCUACAGGAUCAGAAGCCCUUCCAGAAUGGGUCUGGCCAGCCUUCCCUCACUCCCCUGUCCACCAUCAAAGCCUUUGCCACCCAGACGGGCUCCCAGGACUUGAAAAGUGUCUACCAGUCCCAGCUGAUCAAGCCGAGCCGCAUGCGCAAGUACCCCAACCGUCCCAGCAAGACACCGCCCCACGAGAGGCCUUAUGCCUGCCCUGUGGAAACGUGCGACCGCCGCUUCUCCCGCUCCGAUGAGCUGACGCGCCACAUCCGCAUCCACACGGGCCAGAAGCCCUUCCAGUGCCGGAUCUGCAUGCGCAACUUCAGCCGCAGCGACCACCUGACCACACACAUUCGCACGCACACUGGCGAGAAGCCCUUCCCCUGCGAGAUCUGUGGGCGCAAGUUCGCCCGCAGCGAUGAGAGGAAGAGGCACACCAAGAUCCACCUGAGGCAAAAGGACAAGAAGGCGGAGAAGGGCGGGGUGGCCGGGGCGGUGGCAGAGGCACCAGUAUCAGCCCCCUCCUCAGUCUCCUCUUACCCCUCUCCAGUCACAUCCUGCUACUCCUCUCCGGUCCACACCUCAUACCCCUCUCCCUCAAUCGCCACCUCGUACCCCUCUCCCUCCAUCGCCACCACCUACCCCUCUGUCUCCAUGUCCAUGUCCAGUACUUUUCAGUCCUCCAUGGUCUCCUCCUUCCCGUCCUCCGUAGCCUCCAUCUACUCCUCUCCGGUCCCCACCCCGCUGUCAGACAUGCAUUCCACACUCUCCCCAAGGACAAUCGAGAUCUGCUAAGCAAGAGAAAAUAUACUUUUUAUUCUUUCCUCAUCCUCCCCACCACACAGUACAGACUCUUUGAGGGGAGAAAUCAGCAUCAAAAUACAUAUUCCCCUUCUGAAAUGCACUUCUCUGCCUGCUCCCUCUGCAAGCUCUGUUCAGUGCUCAAUCCUCAGAUUCACCCGAAGAAGAGAUUAAAACACAGGUCAAGGACCGGGCAAAGACAAUAUAGAACACGAGAAAGGAGUUUCUCCUCUCAGUUGGUAAAGCAAAUGCAGGGCUUAAAACGAGGCAUAUGAGUCUUUCUCGAGCCAUAGUUGAAACAGGUAAAGACAGGUUGGUCGUUCUUAUGAGUGAAAACAUAGAGACAGACAGACGGACAGAACAUCCAGUCGAGCUGUAACUAAGGCACUAAGAGAUAGACAGACGGACAGAACAUGCAGUCGAGCUGUAACUAAGGCACUAAGAGACAGACAGACGGACAGAACAUCCAGUCGAGCUGUAACUUAGGCACUAAGAGAUAGACAGACGGACAGAACAUGCAGUCGAGCUGUAACUAAGGCACUAAGAGAUAGACAGACGGACAGAACAUGCAGUCGAGCUGUAACUAAGGCACUAAGAGACAGACAGACGGACAGAACAUCCAGUCGAGCUGUAACUAAGGCACUAAGAGAUAGACAGACGGACAGAACAUCCAGUCGAGCUGUAACUAAGGCACUAAGAGAUAGACAGACGGACAGAACAUCCAGUCGAGCUGUAACUAAGGCACUAAGAGACAGACAGAUGGACAGAACAUCCAGUCGAGCUGUAACUAAGGCACUAAGAGACAGACAGACGGACAGAACAUCCAGUCGAGCUGUAACUAAGGCACUAAGCGACAGACAGACGGACAGAACAUCCAGUCGAGCUGUAACUAAGGCACUAAGAGACAGACAGACGGACAGAACAUCCAGUCGAGCUGUAACUAAGGCACUAAGAGACAGACAGACGGACAGAACAUCCAGUCGAGCUGUAACUAAGGCACUAAGAGACAUUUUAUGUAUAUUGUACUUGUGCCAUGUUUAGUUUUUUUUCUUCUAUUAUUUGGUUCCAUUGAUGUGAAAAACAUAUUUGCAUAAUUGCAUUGUAUUAUUUGAAGUGAGCAGGGCCAUAUUUUGAAUUCUAAUACUUUCUCUAGUGAUGACGAUGAUGUGAUACGUUUUUGACUUUGUUUGAUGACGAAAUAAGCACUUAAGUAUUCCAGCAUGUGUUAAGAGUGAUGUUAGUUUCUCUUGUUUUGUAAAUAUCAUCCACUGGUACUAUCUUUCUCUUGCUCACAUCAUGUGACAUAUCAGUCUGUUAUGUGGACAAAAAUAACUUCCCGUAAAAAAAGAAUCCCGAAACAAAACCACCGUUCCUGUUUCUGGUGCCAUUUUGUGACGCCUUGCUGAUGCUUUGACACGUCUGCGUGCAAGAGAAGAUGCGUUGCGUCUCGCCUUAAGGGUUGAAGGGGUCUUUUUGUUACAGAAUGUAAGUCGUGCUCAGACUCUGAAGAAGCACAGAAAGGGCCGUGAUGACAUGAGGACACUGCUUCAUUUCUUUAGAACGUAAGCAAAAGAAAGAAAUUAUAAACUAUAUUUUUGUAACCAGAAGUGUAAAUAUCCACGACUUCAAGCUGGAAUGUUGUACUUACCUACUGAGUAGGCAAUGGGAUUCUUUUGUAUGUUAUAUACAUGCGGUUCAUUAUUUUAUGGUUUAUCCUUAUUUUGUAUUUGUGUUUGUUAAACCAAGUGACUGUUUCUGGCUUCUCAACACAUUGAAUGCGCUUAACUGCCAAUGUGAUAUUUGGUGUAAAUGAUAUCCUCCCAGAAAUGAAAUAUAAAUAAAAUAUAAAUAUAUGUAUAGAA